AGUAAACAAACAAACUGUCAAUUGAACAAACUGUCUCAUAAAAAGCGACUGCGCGUCCACUUUACUGAGUUUUUUUUUCUGAAUGUUGAAAGCCAGAAGAAAAAUUAACUUAUAAAAUGCUGCUGGUUACGUUUAUAGGAUUGCUAGCCUGGAUUUCAGGUUUAUUUGGGACACCACUUAACCAUCUUAAAGCUUUUAAAAGAGACUUCUGUGAUGGAAGAAAUGAUGGAAAUUAUUCUAUACCCGAUGUAUUUAAAUACAUACAUUGCAAAGGUGGUGUGUCAAAUACUAUGUCAUGUCAAGAUAACUUUAUAUUUUCACCAGGUGUAAGUUGUUGUGUUAAUAUAUCGACUCAAUCUCCAAAAACUUUUUGUGAAGAUCGACAAAAUGGUGAUUAUACUGAUCCCUGGAAUUGCCAUAAAUUUUUUAAAUGCAAUGAAGGAUAUUCUUAUCUAUUUGAUUGUCAAUUGAGCAACCUGGUUUUCAAUCCAUAUACUGACCAGUGUAUGUAUGAAAAUGAAUACCCUUGUCAUCAAGUAUCAGGAUUACUUGGGACACCAGUUAACAAUCCUAAAGUCAUUGAAAAUGAUUUUUGUGAUGGAAAAAGGGAUGGAAACUAUCCUAUUUCGGAUGUAUUUAGUUACAUAUUUUGCAAAGGCGGUGUGUCGAAUAUCAUGUCAUGUCAAGAUAACUUUAUAUUUUUGCCAGUUGUAAGUCUUUGUGUUAAUAUAUCGACUCAAUCUCCAAAUACUUUUUGUCAAGGACGAGAAAAUGGUGAUUAUAAUAAUCCCUGGAAUUGUCAUAAAUUUUUUAAAUGCUUUCAACAUUAUUCCUAUCUUUUUGAUUGUCCAACGACCAACCCGGUUUUUAAUCCAUAUACUGACCAGUGUGUUUAUAAAAAUGAAUACCCUUGUCAUCAAUUAUCAGUGCGAGCUGAUGAUCCUUGUAAUGGAAAGGUGGAUGGAAAUUAUCCACUUCCUGAUAUCUUCAAUUAUUUAUCAUGCACUGGAGGUAAAGGAUUAAUAAAUAGUUGUCCAGAUAGAGCUAUUUUUGAGCCAUCUCUACAAAAUUGUAGAGACAUUUCGACUGUUACAACAUCAAACUUUUGUUUGCUACGACCUGAUGGUGACUAUAUGAAUCCUUGGAAUUGUCAAAGAUAUUUGCAGUGUAUUGAUGGUGCAACCAGAGACUAUCCAUGCCUAAUCAAUGAAUUUGUCUUCAAUCCUGAAUUAGAUGUUUGUGUACUCCCAGCUAAAUAUCCUUGCAAACAAAUUUCAAGCACAGUGCUGAGCAAUUUAAACAGAGUUAAUACGUUUUCUGGAAAAUCUGAUGAGAUCUUAAUGGAGAACCCAUGUGCAGGAAAAGCUGAUGGAAACUAUUUGAUUCCAGAUGUGUUUGCAUACUUGCAGUGUUCAUCGCAACAGGGAAGGACUUUACCCUGUCCAGCCAAUCAAAUUUUUGAUCCAAUAUACAGUAGCUGCAGAGAUGCUGGGGAAUAUAACUUGACCAAUUUUUGUAAAGGAAAACCAGAUAAUCAGUAUCGUAACCCAUGGAACUGCCAUAGUUUUAUUUCUUGUUCUAAUGGUAUAUCGCACAAUAUGCCUUGCCCAGUAUCAAACUUAGUUUAUGAUCCUUAUAACAAUAUUUGUGAAUAUCCUUAUCAAUUUCCAUGCAAAAUAUUAAACAGUCUAUGUGCAGGGAAAGCUGAUGGAAAAUACUUGAUUCCUGAUGUGUUUGCUUACUUGCAGUGUUCAUCACAACAAGGAGGUUACGUAAAUUGUCCAGAUAAUCAAAUUUUUGAUCCAAAAUAUAGUGAUUGCAAGGAUGCUAAAUACUAUAAUUUGAACAACUUUUGUACUAAUAAACCUGAUGGUCAAUAUCGCAACCCUUGGAACUGCCAUACUUUUAUUUCUUGUUCUAAUGGUUUAUCACACAAUAUGUCUUGCGCAACACCAGUGUUAGUUUACGAUCCUUAUGACAAUCUCUGUGAAUAUCCUUCACUUUUUCCAUGUCGCACUGUUAAUAUGAAGAUCCUAAUGGAUAACCCAUGUGCAGGAAAAGCUGAUGGAAACUAUUUGAUUCCAGAUGUGUUUGCAUACUUGCAGUGUUCAUCACAACAGGGAAAGACUUUACCCUGUCCAGCCAAUCAAAUUUUUGAUCCAAUAUACAGUAGCUGCAGAGAUGCUGGGGAAACUAACUUUAACAAUUUUUGUAUAGGAAAACCAGAUGGUCAGUAUCGCAAUCCAUGGAACUGCCAUAGUUUUAUUUCUUGUUCUAAUGGUGUAUCACACAAUAUGUCUUGCCCAGUAUCAAACUUAGUUUAUGAUCCUUAUAACAAUAUUUGUGAAUAUCCUUAUCAAUUUCCAUGCAAAAUAUUAAACAGUCUAUGUGCAGGGAAAGCUGAUGGAAAAUACUUGAUUCCUGAUGUGUUUGCUUACUUGCAGUGUUCAUCACAACAAGGAGGCUAUGUAAACUGUCCAGAUAAUCAAAUUUUUGAUCCAAAAUAUAGUGAUUGCAAGGAUGCUAAAGACUAUAAUUUGAACAACUUUUGUACUAAUAAACCUGAUGGUCAAUAUCGCAACCCUUGGAACUGCCAUACUUUUAUUUCUUGUUCUAAUGGUAUAUCACACAAUAUGUCUUGCGCAACACCAGUGUUAGUUUACGAUCCUUAUGACAAUCUCUGUGAAUAUCCUUCACUUUUUCCAUGUCGCACUGUUAAUAUGAAGAUCCUAAUGGAUAACCCAUGUGCAGGAAAAGCUGAUGGAAACUAUUUGAUUCCAGAUGUGUUUGCAUACUUGCAGUGUUCAUCACAACAGGGAAAGACUUUACCCUGUCCAGCCAAUCAAAUUUUUGAUCCAAUAUACAGUAGCUGCAGAGAUGCUGGGGAAACUAACUUUAACAAUUUUUGUAUAGGAAAACCAGAUGGUCAGUAUCGCAAUCCAUGGAACUGCCAUAGUUUUAUUUCUUGUUCUAAUGGUGUAUCACACAAUAUGUCUUGCCCAGUAUCAAACUUAGUUUAUGAUCCUUAUAACAAUAUUUGUGAAUAUCCUUAUCAAUUUCCAUGCAAAAUAUUAAACAGUCUAUGUGCAGGGAAAGCUGAUGGAAAAUACUUGAUUCCUGAUGUGUUUGCUUACUUGCAGUGUUCAUCACAACAAGGAGGCUAUGUAAACUGUCCAGAUAAUCAAAUUUUUGAUCCAAAAUAUAGUGAUUGCAAGGAUGCUAAAGACUAUAAUUUGAACAACUUUUGUACUAAUAAACCUGAUGGUCAAUAUCGCAACCCUUGGAACUGCCAUACUUUUAUUUCUUGUUCUAAUGGUAUAUCACACAAUAUGUCUUGCGCAACACCAGUGUUAGUUUAUGAUCCUUAUGACAAUCUCUGUGAAUAUCCUUCACUUUUUCCAUGUCGCACUGUUAAUAUGAAAACCAAUAUUGAUGUUAAGAUUGGAGAUAUAUGCACAACACUUUCAGAUGGAAACUAUGCAACACGUAAUGUGUUUCAGAUUUUAAAAUGCAAGAAUCACAAAUCAAGUAUGGUUGACUGUCCAACUGGAGAAAUUUAUAUCCCUGGUGAUGAAAGUUGUUCAAAAAAUGUGAACUUAGAUAAUUUUUGCAAAACUCGAGCUGAGGGUAACUGGCAAAAUCCUUGGGAUUGUCAUACAUUUUUAACAUGUCACGGACAACAAACAACUGUACGAAACUGCUCCGCACCAUCAGUUGUUUUAAAUUAUGAUCCUGUUACAGACGUCUGUGAAUAUCCAUAUCAGGUUGACUGUGUUCAGAUAAAAACACGUCCCUAUGAAGAAGUUUUUGUUGAAAAUGUGGUAGUGUAGAGCUGAAGAAUAACCAUUAAUAAUAAUAAAUAAUUUUUAUAAAUAAUAAUUAUAGUAAUCAUAAUAAUUUUAUAUUUGUGUAAUAAAUAAUAUCAUGCAAUGAAAAAUUUUGUAUAACAAAUAUAUGUGUAUUAUAAAUUAUUAUUAUUUUUAACAAGGAGUAUGUGUUUGUUGGAAUAAAAAUUGUAUUGGCGUCUUUUUGGAAAUGUCCAAGUUUAUAUUUAAAUAUUAACAUAAACUUAAA